CUAUAAAAUCGGCGAAUGGUUUUUGCGUCCUAUUAUAUUGUAUUUCCAAUAUAUACAGACUGUUCAGCCGGUCAUAUUACUGGGCCAACAGCUAGUGCAUUGUAUUCACACACCUCCCACGGAAACAACGGGAACCAAGGAAAUAUUAUUACAGGAAACGGCACGUGGUGCUUCCAGUGCGACAAUAUGUCCCAUCUUCAAUAUUGUGAUACAGUUACCAGAUGUCAGACUGAACAUGAGAGUUGUUAUGUCCAAAGUUUUACCAGAAGUAACAACGGGAGACUAUAUAGGUCAGGCUGUAUGGAUAAAAGCGCAUGUCAAGGUCAUGGAUAUCAAGUGCAAUGUCAAGAAUGCUGUCAUGGUAGUUUCUGUAACAAUAUUGGCUGUGGUGACGACGGACUUUCCAAUUUUGAUGCAAGAGGACCAUUUUGCUUUGACUGUGAACAUCAAGGAGAAGAGGUCUGCAAAAAAGUUCAGAUGUGUCGUCCUGAUCAGGUUUGCAAAAUAGAGAAGUUUGAGUGGGGAAGUGGUUAUAACUACAUAAUGGGAUGCACAGAAAGACAGGCAUGCACUAGUAAAAGAGACAUCCAUGCUCGUCACACACCUGUAUGUGAACACUGUUGUCAUUCGGACUUCUGUAACAUGAACUGCACGAGCGCCCAUGUUCAACAAAUCAUUGGCUAACAGAAAGCAGAAGCAAAGAAUUCUAUGACAAUCUCCAUGAGACAUAGAAAUUUAAAUUGAUCGUUAGAUAUAUAUUCUGCAAAUGAAUAAAAUUGGACAAGAUUGAA